AUGCGAAAAGCCAAAUACAACAAAGUAUCAAAAUGCUUCGCGCGGGUUUAUCAUCCCGGACGCUCGCUAGUUGGUUCCAGCGGGUACCCGAGCGCCUGCUUGGCCUCCAGAAGGUACUCAUCGAUCCAAGUUCGAUCGGCAUUGUUCAAAUUCGAGCUGGCAAGCAGGAGCCUGAGCAAAGGGAAGGAUUUCAAGGAGAGCUGCGGGACCAGGCACGUGCGGAACGGGCAUUCGAGGCUUUGGUUCUUGGGGCAGUAUGUGCUGGAGAUGGCCUUUUGUGAGUAUUUCUUGCAGAGGUAUCCGAGGGAGUCGCCUGCGCCAAUGAGGGAGAGGGUAUUUCAGUUGAUUGGGAAGAGGUAUUUACCAAGGUGGAUUAAGGCGGCGAGCUUGCAGAACUUGGUGUUUCCUUUUGAUGAGAUGGAUAAGAUGAUAAGGAAGGAGAGGGAGCCACCUGUGAAAUCUGUAUUCUGGGCAUUGUUUGGAGCAAUAUAUCUGUGUUUUGGCAUGCCCGAGGUUUACCGUGUUCUCUUCGAGGCAUUUGGAAUGGACCCGGAAGAUGAAAGUUGCCAACCAAGGCUGAGACGUCAGCUGGAAGAUGUCGAUUAUGUUUCGGCUGAAUUUGAGGGCAAGCCACUCAGCUGGCAAGAUGUUGCUGCCUACAGGCCUCCACAGGAUGCACUUUUUGCACAUCCAAGGCUUUUUAGGGCAUGUGUACCGCCAGGUAUGCAUCGAUUUCGGGGAAAUAUUUGGGACUUUGACAACAGACCCAAAGUCAUGCAAGCACUUGGAUAUCCACGGCCAGUGAGUGACAGAAUUCCGGAGAUCACCGAGGCCAGGAACAUUGAACUUGGACUUGGACUUCAGCUGUGCUUCUUGCAUCCUUCAAAGUAUAAAUUUGAGCAUCCUCGAUUUUGCCUGGAAAGAUUGGAGUAUGUUGGCCAAAAGAUUCAGGACCUUGUAAUGGCCGAGAGGCUACUCAUGAAGCAUCUUGAUGCUCCUGGGAGAUGGUUACAAGAAAAACACCGUCGUCUCCUAAUGAACAAAUUCUGUGGGCGUUAUCUAAGAGACAAGCACCUCCACCAUUACAUUGUCUAUGGUGAAUCUGUCCAAGACUCAUUCGAGCACAACCGGAGGCUAAGAAAUCCAUCGACCACUGCUGUUCAGCAAGCGAUCCAUGGAUUAGGGUAUGCUGUCUACGGAAAGCCCGAUGUGAGGAGGCUAAUGUUCGAGGUCUUCGAUUUUGAGCAGGUUCAGCCAAAAGCAGUGUAAAAGAUAGGUACAAUUGUUGUAAGGAAUCAGUACUUGUGCUGAUUGCUGGCUUUGUGCUCUGCGCAUUUGUUGUGGAUCCAGCUUUGUUACUGAAUCCUUGUUGAAGAGUGGGAUAGGGCAGCGAGUAAUAUUUUUGAAAUAGGAAUUUUGUAACACAGGUGUUUGUAUAAUAGAAAAUCAAAUUAAAUGAUCCGUUUUUUUUCUUUCGAA